AUGCCCGACGCCACUGCAGAACAGAAGCAAUUCAAGUUCAAAGUUGUGCUACUCGGAGAAGGAUGUGUCGGGAAAUCUUCUCUAGUUUUGAGAUUUGUAGAAAACAAAUUCAGUUCUAGACACUUGUCCACUAUCCAGGCAAGUUUUCAAAGCAAAACAGUUCACAUAGAUGACUGUAAAGCUGAACUUCAUAUCUGGGAUACUGCUGGACAAGAGAAAUAUCAUGCACUUGGUCCAAUAUACUAUCGAGGAAGCAACGGUGUACUUUUGGUUUUUGAUAUCACAGAUCGCCGUUCGUUCGAAAAGGUGAAAAAUUGGGUGUUGGAAAUUAAAACUUGCCUUGGAAAAACUGCUGAAAUUCUGAUUGUUGGCAACAAAAUUGAUCUAGAAGAUGAGCGGCAAGUGUCUCGACAAGAUGCCGAAGUUUAUGCAGAAACUGAAGGAGCACUGUAUAUGGAAACGUCCGCUCAAGAGAACAUGGGAAUUUCGGAUGCGUUCGAAGCUCUGACGUCUAGUAAGCCAACCAAGAAUUAA